UUGCUGCAUUUUACUGGUAAUGCACAGCACAGAGUCAUACUCACUCUGAAAAAGCAAUUCUGGUAAUUCAGGCCAUCAAAAGAAGAGCUGGAAUGGGAGAAUGGAGUGUGGGGUCUUUAACUAUGAACUGGGUAAGUGUUCCCAGUGUGUCUAAAAGAAAGCCUAUAUUGGUGCUGGUCUUGGGAGAAGCUACACCUUGAUCUAGUCAGGAGGAUGUUUUCUGAAGCAGAAGGGCCAAAGGCUGUAUGUAGUCAGAACUCAAUCUUUCUGAGAGUACAACGGAAGUGUGCAACAAAUGUGUGGCUUUUGAGAUCUCACUUUUCAAGCCUGGUGAGUGUUUGAAACAGCCCUUUUAAUUUAGGUAAAACAGAGCUUUUUUUUUUUUUUUUCCCCCCAGGAAAGCAUGCAUGCUUAUGCAGCAAAUGUCUACACUACUGUUAUAGAAGAGCUAAUGAAAGGAAAACAGCGCAAAUUUAUUGCUGUGGAGCAGGAAUUCUUUCGACUCUGGUGGGACAUGAUAGCAACAGAUACACAGAAGCAGCAGGUCCGUCAAUUGCUUCAGGAGGGACGACUGGAAUUUGUCAUUGGAGGACAAGUGAUGCAUGAUGAAGCUGUGACACUAAUUGAUGAUCAAAUUUUACAGUUGACGGAAGGUCAUGGGUUUUUGUAUGAAACUUUUGGCUUCAGGCCUCAGUUUUCUUGGCAUGUUGAUCCUUUUGGAGCUUCGGCUACAACACCAACUCUUUUUGCUCUGGCUGGUUUCAAUGCUCAUCUUAUUUCUCGUAUUGACUAUGAUCUGAAGGCUGACAUGCAAAAAAACAAGAAACUUCAGUUUGUAUGGCAGGGCUCUCCCUCCUUAUCUGAAAGACAGGAGAUCUUCACCCAUGUUAUGGAUCAGUACAGCUACUGUACUCCAUCGCAAUUACCUUUUUCAAACAGGUCAGGAUUUUUUUGGAAUGGAUUUGCAACUUUCCCAGAUCCACCAAAAGAUGGUGUUUAUCCAAAUAUGAGUCUCCCUGUUACAGAUGCUAACCUCCACCUGUAUGCACAAACCAUGGUGGCAAACAUUAAGGAGAGAGCGGCCUGGUUCCGGACGGGGGACGUGUUGUGGCCAUGGGGCUGUGACAAGCAGUUCUUUAAUGCAUCUGUUCAGUACUCUAACAUGGACCUGUUGGUGGAUUAUAUUAACAAGAAUUCUGCUGAGUUUGGAGUGACUGUCCAGUAUGCCACUGUCAGUGAUUACUUCCAAGCAGUUUAUAGCAGGAAUCUUACAUGGGAAAUUCGGGACUCUCAAGACUUUCUUCCAUAUUCAACAGAGCCAUUCCAAGCAUGGACUGGGUUUUAUACUUCUCGGAGCACAUUAAAAGGAAUUGCAAGGAGAGCAAGUUCACUGCUUUAUGCUGGAGAGUCCUUUUUCACACAGUAUGUCUGGAAACACCCAGAAGGUUCUAUUUGCAAAUGUAAAGCCUUAGAGCAACUUCAGAGUCUUAGAUGGGCAGUUUCGGAGGUCCAGCACCACGAUGGUAUAACAGGCACAGAGUCUCCCAAGGUGAAGGACAUGUACAUGAAUAACUUGAUGUAUGGAAUGUUCAACGUAAAGAAGCUAAUGGCUUCCAUAAUCUUUGAUAUCAAUAAUGCAAAGAAGAAUGGAGAGGUCUAUUCUUCUGUUUACACUACAGGCUCAGGAAAACCAGGUGCUACAGAUGUUGACCAGUAUGUUGUUGUCUAUAACCCACUGGCAUGGAACAUCACUACCUUUGUCACAGUUUCUGUCAGCAAUGAGGAGAUGAGUGUAUAUGAUGAACUGGGGCAUUCUGUGCCAGCACAGGUUCAAAGCUCUGUGGAAUCCCAGUCUACCUAUGAUCUGUAUAUUCUAGUUGCAAUAAGUGGUCUGAGCUACAGAAAAUACAGUAUUAAACCCCUGGAUGGUAAACAGUCAGCAUUUAUUGGGAGCUCAGUCAAGUACAAGCGGAGAGACUUGACUCGUGCAGAUCAGCACAGUCGACAGUUGUUCCCUGUGGUUAACAACUGCUACCAGAUUGUGUUUGACCAAAACACCAACCUGAUGCACAGCAUUAUAGAGAGGGAGACUAACCAGACUGUCCAGUUCACCCAGGAGUUCCUUGAGUACCACAUAAAUGGAGACACAAAGAAAGGACCCAUUUCAGAUAACUACUUAUUUGCUCCAAAUGCUUCAGCUGUUCCUGUAUCAAAAGCAGUGGGGUUGGAAGUGAUGUCUGGAAACUUGAUGACAGAGAUACGGCAGUAUUUCUACAGCAAUGUUGCUUCUCAGGACUAUAUAUAUGCAGUGUAUACCAGGCUGUAUUCAGUACCAGAAGGCUACGAUGGGAAACUGCUUUGCCAUAGGAUAGAGCAAGAGUACAGUGUUGGGCCUUUGGAAUUAAAUCGUGAAGCAGUUCUAAGAACAACCACAAAUUUGAACACCAGACAACUCCUCUACACUGACAACAAUGGGUAUCAGAUGCAGAAAAGACCAUUCAAGGCGUAUGUGAAUAACACAGUGGCUCGGAACUAUUACCCUAUGGUCCAGACUGCCUACAUCGAAGAUGAUACCACAAGGUUGAUGCUGCUUGCAGAAAGAGCUCAUGGUGUAUCAAGUCAAGGGAAUGGACAAGUCGAGGUGAUGCUACACAGAAGAAUAUGGAACAACCUUCAGUGGAACCUGAAUAACAAUCUCACUUUGAAUGACUCUUCAGUGGUUCGCCCUGUAAUUUGGCUCAUUUUAGGAACCAAGGCUGCCACCAAUACUUUGUACCGGACAAGUGGACUGGCAUUAGAGCAUAGGCCAGUAGUAAUGUUUGGAGCAUUAUCAGAUAAACCAAAGUUACCUGGACGACUUCAGCAGAAUUCAGUCCAUGAUUUCCCUGUAACUGUGCCACCUAAUCUUCAUCUCCAGACUCUGAGCAUUCCAGGGUGGAGGUACAACUCUAAUCAUGCAGAGCAGGUCCGCAGCAUCAGCAUGGGUAAACAAAAGCAAGGUGAUGCAGAUUUCAGUCGUGUCCUGCUAAGAAUUAGACAUUUAUAUGAAGCUGGAGAGGAUCCCGUGCUGUCUCAGCCUGUGAUGGUAGAUCUAAAGUCUUUGCUGAAGGGAUUGGGAUCAGUGAUGGCAGUGCAAGAGCGAUCCCUCACAGGCACCUGGGAUGUGAACACUUUGGAGCGGUGGAAAUGGAAGACUGCACAAUAUCCAGGCAAAAAGUUCUUCAACAGCACAGAGACCUCAGAGGACUUUAUAGUAACUGUUCACCCAAAGGAGAUAAGGACUUUCUUUGUAUACUUUCAGGUUCAAUAAUGUUUGAUGAUGUAUUUCAGGUGAAUAUGUAAUAUCUUCAAAGUUUUGUUUCAAGAUACAAGUGAUGAUCUUGAAAAACAUUCUACUGCUGUUAAUGAAAGAAAAAUACAUUUUGCAAUAA